CUACUUUUGUACUAAAAGAAAUUACUUCAGUGCCUUGCGGCCAAUUGCUUGUCUUGGGUUAAUUAUGAGUCUUCGUGGGUUGGUGGCGUUUAGGUAUCUGAUAUAUGCUCACUGAUUCCUUCUUUAUGUUUCCAUAGGUGGGUUCAUGGUAAUUUCUGGAGCUACUAUGAAGAACGAAGAAAAGACUGAGCUUGCUGGGUUUCUGAAAACUCUACCGCCUGUUCAGUUUUGCUGUGUGUAUGGUUCCACGCUCCAUCCAAAUAAUUCUGACAAGUCUUCAAUGGUGGAUUAUAUACUUGGUGUGGCAGAUCCCCUGAAAUGGCAUUCAGAGAAUCUGAAAUUGAAUAGAAGCCAUUAUGCCUCGUGGAUGGUUCACCUAGGGGGAGCAAAACUGGUCACUAAGGUUGCAGAUGGCAUCGGUGUUGGAGUUCACUUCAACCCCUUUGUUACUUGGAAUGACAAGAUGCUCAAAUAUGGGGUUGUUAGAAUGCAUGAUCUGGUUGAAGACAUUCUAAAUUGGCAGAGAUUUUACAUAAGUGGUCGUUUGCAGAAACCAGUUCGUGUGCUUCUGGACAAUUUGGAUGUUGAAAAUUUAAAUGCUACUAACCUCAGGGCUGCCAUCGCUGCUGCUCUCCUCAUUUUGCCAUCCAAAUUCAACGAGGAAGAUCUCUAUUCCACGAUAUGUAGCCUGUCCUACAUGGGUGACUUGCGUAUGAUUUUCGCGGAGGACAAAAACAAGGUGAAGAAAAUUGUGCAAGGGCAAUUCAAUUUGUUCCGGUCAAUGUAUAAGCCAUUCAUUGAAGAAUACGAGGCGAAGGAUGUACUAAGAGUCUCCUCAUUUGGUGGGCAACAAGCAAAUUUCUCUCAGAACUGUUGUCUGCCAGCGACACGUUCUCUCGUUUGCUCUCUACCUCUGCUGGUCAGAAAUAAAAUGGGGACAGGACUAGGAGGAUUGGGCGAUUCGGGUCAGGUUGUACGGGAAGUAGUCUUCAGUUCAAGAGAAGAGGCUGCUAGAAGCAUGCAGAAGGCGGUGAGGUGUACAGUAAUGGUUUCCAGCUUAAGGCAGGCAGUCUCUGGCUUCGUGGCUGCUGGAGGAAUGAAUGCUGGUAGAUACCUAGCUAAUAAAGUGCGCAAGGCAUGGAAAUCAUGGACAUAGUCAUGUGCUUUGUGGCCUCUGUAUCGUGAUCGCACUUUGGAUCUGCUUGAGAGUUCAGCGACAUGGCUGAAACCUGAUGUGCAAGAGGAUUGUCCUGAUACGAGAGAUUCAACCGAUGAUAACGUUUGAUUGCUCAGGUGUGUGGCAAACAUGUCCGGUUCCCCUGACAUAUCACCGAAAAAGAAGGCAGUACAUCACCACAUCAUUGAUCCAGUUUCCCUUGUUCCUCCCUAGAUUUUUGAUAUCUUGGUAGCUUUUUCAGUUUCUUUGCUGCGAACUUAUGCAGUAAGUUAGGUGGCUGGAAUAUUGAGAAUGAGCAUUAAGAGAACACAACUGCACAACAGUUGCCUACUUGUAUCUGCAGUUUACUGGCCAUUUUUCAUUUUGUUAGCAGUUCAUUGUAUAUGUACGACAUUUCGGCUCCAGCUCCAAUUAAUUCAUUAAGUCACCAGAGCAAGUUGAACUUCUGCAAGUUAAUUAGUUUCUACCGUCUGCUACUAAGAUAUAGUUGAUGCCUCAACUGUAUCAGAAUUGAUAUAUUACCAUUACAUGGAAGAUCCAUUGACAAGGCCACAUGCUUAAAUUGUUGUCUUUGAAUACUGGUAAACAAUUGUUGCCUGUGACGGUAAGGCGACAACCACUGUUAACCUGGUAAGGGCUCUUGUGCAUCCAAAAACUAGGACACCAAUAAUCUGUUAACCUGGUA